UAUCUAUUAGCAUCUAUCGCGACUCGCUCCCUUUCAUUCUCGUUUCGUACCAGUCUCCAUAAUGGCCGCCAAAGUCACGUUCAAGGUUACACUCACGUCGGACCCCAAGCUGCCGUACCGAGUCGUGAAUGUGCCGGAGCAAGCCCCGUUCACGGCCGUGCUCAAAUACGUUGCGGAGGAGUUCCACGUGCCGGCAGCUACCAGCGCCAUCAUCACCAAUGAUGGCAUUGGCAUCAACCCUUCGCAGAGUGCCGGCAACGUGUUCCUGAAGCACGGCUCCGAGCUGCGUCUGAUUCCUCGCGACCGCGUCGGAGGCUGCAGCUCAUGUUGAAGACUUUACAGUAGGACACGCAGGACUGCCUCCGUUGCAUGUGAAGAAAAUGUCUAAUACACAGGAAAACUAGAACUCGGUUUUGUGGGCAAGUGAGUACACACAGCAGGUAUAUGCUAUCGAGCGGUUGUAUUGGUAUACACGAUCUUGUAAUCUGGAUGCAGCUCUUCGAAAGAAAAAAAAAAAGUUCUAGGGUCACAAUAAGCCGUGGCCCGUGACAUUUAAAGUCCCUUGUUGUAGAAGACGUGCGUGACCGGGUCCUUCUUGAACGUGCGCUGGCGGAUAGUCUCCUGCAGCUCAGGCUCGAGAGAGGACACAGCCAUGGAGCUACGCUGAGGGAAGAGAGCGCAGCAGAGCGGGGUCGAGAAGCUCAGACACACACCCGUAAGACCCACCAUGGUAAGGGCGUUGACCGCCUUGUUGUUACGGAAGAGCGGACGCUGCUCCAGCUUGUUCAUGAUGAGAGGCGGGAAGAACAUGCCAGGUACAGCCAUGAGGAUGCGGGAGGGCACAAC